GCGCCCCAGGCCCCGGCGCUGGAGGACAGCAUCAACACGCUCUUCGCGCCCCUCAUCAUCUCCUGCACGGCGCUGCUGGAGAAGCUCUCGGAUACCUACACAUGCUUCACCACCGAGCCGGGACACCACCUCCACGUCCUGCACAUGUUUGGGGACUGCCUGUACAUCGCAGUGAACGGCGAUGGCACCGAGAACGAGGAUGAGCUGCGCCGCAAGCUCUUCGUGCUGCGGCGCCUCGUGGAGGCUCACUGCGGCCUCGUCACGCUGGACUCCCACCUCAUCCGCAAGGAGCUGCGGCCGGCCGGCAACGCCAGCGCCAUCCGUCCCGCCGACCUGCUCGUCCUCAUCCUCCUCGUGCAGGACCUGUACCCCAGCCAGAGCGCCGAGGAGGAGCUUGGCCCCCAGCCUGCAGCAGGGAAGAUAUUCCUGCAGGUACCCCAAAGAAGCGAGAGCAUCCCCGUGAGCAGCACCAGCUCCCUUGUGACCGCAGGGAAGGAGUCAGAUGAUCAGGACACGGACGACCUCUCCGCACCCGAGGUGUUCUACACGCCCAAGCCCUCUCCGGGUGGGCACAGCACGGGCAGCGAGAGCUGGUCAGAGGGCCCCGAGACACCAAGCACCGGAGAGGUGGACAGUGCUGAUGUCCAGAUGGCAGAGGACUUGCUCCAGACUUCGGGACCUCUGGUUCCUGAGGCUUCAAACCCCAGAAGGGUUUUCCUGGAUGCCAACCUGCCGGAAGGCUACUGCCCCAUGCUGCCCCACACCAUGCACUGCCUCCCGCUCUGGCCGGGCAUCUCACUCGUGCUGCUGAGCAAGGGCCCCAUGACCCAUGUGGCUGUCACCAUGCACCAGCUGCUCGAUGGUUUCUUGGUGCUGGAAAAGAAGCUGGAAGAGGGGCAGGAGGUGGGAGCGGCACGUGCCUUCCCCUUCCUGACAGAGCUGCGGCAGCGCAUGGACAAGUUUGUGAAGAAGCUGAGCGGGCAGGACAUCCAGUUGCAGAACGCCUGGAUGGAGUUCAAGAACAAGAUAUUCCCGCGGAGCGAGCCUGGGAGCUUGCUGGAGGUGCUGCAGGCGCUGGCCAACGUGAAGCGGCAGCUCUGCUCUCUGUAUCGCCAGCUCUUCCUGACCUCCGCCAGCCAGAGCCUGUCCCAGGGCCUGCGGGACCGUGCCCAGAAGCUGAUGAGGGAGAAGCUGCUGGACUGGAGGGAUUUUCUGCUGGUGAAGAGCAGGCGCAAUAUCACCAUGGUGUCAUACCUGGAGGACUUUCCUGGCCUGGUGCACUUCAUCUAUGUCGACCGCACGGCUGGGCAGAUGAUGGCACCAUCACUUAGCGUGACGGAGAAAUCCAGCUCGGAGCUGGGCAAGGGUCCCCUUGCGCAGUUCAUCAAGAGCAAGACGACGCUCAUGCUGCAGGAUGGCGACUACUGCUGCUCCUACUUCCUCUGGUUCGAGAAUGAGCUGGGCUGCAAGCUGGAGGUGAUGGAGGUGCCGGUUCUCUCCGAUGACUCUGCUCCCAUCGGGAUGUUGGCGGGAGACUACUACAGGAGGCUGCUGCGUUACUACAGCAAGAACCACCAGGCAGAGGUGGUGAAGUGCUACGAGCUGCUCACGGUGCACCUGGGCAUCAUCCCCUCCGAGCUCGUGGUCCAGCAGGCCUGCGACUUGGCCCGACGCCUCUGGGAGCCCUCCCGCAUCCCCCUGCUCUGAGCCCGG